GAAAAUUGGAACAUUGUUUUGAUACAGAAAGCAGGGGCACUUGAUUCUUGCUUGCAUAAGUGCAUUGGUUCAAGGAAGGAACCUUGUGUAGCAGCUUGCUGUAGGCGUGGAUUUCUGGCUAAGUUCUUAAGUGUGGCCUAUUGGGUGCAGAAGACGCUUCUUGAAGUAGAUAGAGCUUCGAAACACACUCUACAAGUAGAGAGAGCAAUCCCAUUCCUCUUAGCCGCCACUCAGCCAACCCACCAAGAUGCUCCACAACAAGUCCUUCGUCAAAAAAACCAAAGCUGGCAAAGUCAUGAAGCAAGUGCGGGAACACUACUUGCGAGAUGAUAUAUACUGUGGCGCACCGUUUUGCACCGUUUGCGAUUCUUCUGGUGCUCGCCUCGGUGCUUCUGCUUCCACCAUUCUCGUUGUCGACACCAAUGUCGUUCUCAACCAGAUUGAUUUGCUGGAGAAUCCGGCCAUUGAAGAUGUCGUGGUGUUGUCCAUCGUGCUGGAAGAGGUUAAGAAUAAGAACAUGGCUGUAUACAACCGAAUAAGAGCUAUCUGUAACAAUUCCAUGAGGAAAUUCUUUGUUUUUUCCAAUGAAUAUCACAGGGAUACAUAUGUUAAGGAAAUGAGCGGGGAAACUAAAAAUGAUAGGAAUGAUAGAGCUAUUCGAGUGGCUACUCAGUGGUAUCAGAAUCAUCUUGGUAGUGCAGUGAAGGUUUUGCUUAUAACUAAUGAUAAAGAGAACAAGAGGAAGGCUUGUGAGGAGGGCAUUGUUGCAGAAACAGUUGAGUCAUAUGUGAAGUCUUUGGACCGAUCUGAUUUACUUGACCUGCUUGUGCGGCCUGCAUCUGAGGAUGUGGACAUGGAAGUGGUUGAAGAUCUUAGACCAUCCAAGAGGAAAGUCAUCUAUUCAGAGCACAAGCCGAUGUCAGAAAUUACGUCUGGUUUGCAUCGUGGAAUAUAUCAUCAAGGGAAACUUCGUGUAAACCGUUACAAUCCAUUUGAAGCAUAUGUUGGGAGUGAGAGCAUUGGUGAUGAAAUAAUUAUUUAUGGGCGCUCAAACAUGAACCGAGCUUUUGAUGGUGAUAUUGUGGCAGUUGAACUUCUGCCUCAGGACCAGUGGCAAGAAGCCUCGUCUCUAUCUAUAGCCGGUGAAGAUGAGGAUGAGGAUGAAGAUGUUCAUCUAGCUCCAAAUAGUGCUGAUGAUGCACCCAGAACUAUGCCUCAGCAGGGUUCUUCUGGAGAAGUAAAUGCUGUGUCCAGUCGCCCUUCUGGUUGUAUUGUUGGUAUUAUAAAGAGAAACUGGAAUUCGUAUUGUGGAUCUUUGGAGCCAAUGCCUAUGCCGGCUGGUAGUGGUGGUGUUGCCCAUGCCUUGUUUGUCUCCAAAGAUCGCAGAAUUCCCAAGAUUCGAAUCCAAACCCGUCAACUCAAUAACCUUUUGGACAAGAGAAUUAUUGUGGCAGUUGAUUCUUGGGAUCGUCAAUCUCGAUAUCCAUCAGGUCAUUAUGUGCGAACUAUAGGAGAGAUAGGUGAUAGAGAUACUGAAAGUGAGGUGGUUUUGAUAGAAAAUGAUAUAAAUUCACGGCCAUUCUCUUCCCAAGUGCUGGCUUGCUUGCCACCAUUGCCAUGGUCUGUCUCUUCUAAAGAUUUGUCUAAUCCAAUUAGGCAGGAUCUGCGUCAUCUAUGUGUCUUCAGCGUUGACCCUCCAGGCUGCAAGGAUAUUGAUGAUGCACUCCACUGUCAUGCUCUACCAAAUGGAAACUUUGAAGUUGGAGUUCAUAUUGCUGAUGUGACGAAUUUUGUUCAUUCUGGCACUCCCCUUGAUGACGAGGCUGCGCAAAGGGGUACGUCUGUCUACCUUGUUGAGCGGCGGAUAGACAUGCUUCCCAAACCUCUUACGGAGGAUAUAUGUUCUCUUCGUUCUGAUGUGGAAAGGCUAGCAUUCUCUGUCAUAUGGGAAAUGACACCUGAAGCAGACAUUAUUUCCAGCAGAUACACAAAAAGUAUCAUAAAAUCUUCUGCAGCAUUGUCUUAUGUUGAAGCACAAGCGAGAAUGGAUGAUAGUCGAUUGAUGGAUCCACUAACUACAGAUUUGAGAAAUAUGAAUAGUUUAGCUAAGAAAAUGAGAUUAAGGCGUAUUGAGAGAGGAGCUUUGACUCUUGCAUCUGCUGAAGUUAAAUUUCAAAUUGACACAGAGACUCAUGAUCCACUUGAUAUUGGCAUGUACCAGAUUCGGGAGGCCAAUCAAAUGGUAGAGGAAUUUAUGCUUGCAGCUAAUGUAUCUGUUGCACAACAAAUUCUGAAAACUUUUCCAUUGUGCUCAUUAUUAAGGCGUCAUCCAACGCCUACUAGAGAGAUGCUUGAACCCUUGCUACGAACUGCUGCUGCAAUUGGCAUAAACUUGGAUGUCUCAUCAUCAAAAGCAUUGGCUGAUUCUCUUGACCAUGCUGUGGGUGAUGAUCCUUACUUCAAUAAGUUGAUCCGCAUACUGGCUACUAGGUGCAUGAGUCAGGCAGUUUAUUUCUGUAGUGGGGAUCUUAGCCCUCCAGAAUAUUAUCAUUAUGGGCUUGCAGCUCCUUUGUAUACUCAUUUCACAUCACCUAUUAGAAGAUAUGCAGAUGUCAUUGUGCACAGGCUACUUGCUGCUUCUUUAGGAAUAUCCAAGUUACCCUCUGUAUUUCAAGACAGACUCCAGCUCACUAGUAUUGCAGACAAUUUAAAUUAUCGGCACAGAAAUGCUCAAAUGGCCGGGCGGGCCUCCGUAGAGCUACAUACACUAAUUUAUUUCAGGAAGAGGCCAACAGAGACAGAGGCUAGGAUAGUGAAAAUACGAUCUAAUGGAUUUUUUGUGUUUGUUCCCAAAUAUGGUAUAGAAGGACCUGUAUAUUUGACAGCAAGAGCUGAAAAGGGAAGUGGAGAAUGGUAUGUAGAUGAGCAACAGCAGAAGAUUAAAAAGAUGGAUGGUAGCCUCUCAUACAGCAUUUUGCAGACAGUCAAAAUUCACAUGGAGGUUGUGGAACCCCAGCCUAACCGGCCAAAACUUCAGCUGACCCUCAUGUAAAGAUAUAUGAGCAAUAAACAACAGGUAUGCCUCAAAUAUAGCUCCUAUUAAUUUGCUAUUUGAGUCUAACCACUUCUCAAGGAGGUUUCUGGCAUUGGAAUUGGCCAGCAUGAUAAAAGUUGUGGAAGGGACAAAUAUAGAUUUAGGAGUGGCUUUGAUUGGCAAAUAUUUGCUAGAUGGGACAAAAGAUUUAUGAUUGAUGCAGUAAGUUUGUCCUUUUACAACUAUUUGCUUUUAAUUUGGGAAGUGGGACGUGGAAUUUUCGUGCAUAUGAUGCACUAAGCAAAUUUGAACAGAAUUAAAUUGAUACACAUUAGCUUCAUUUGAGAGAAUAUCAGAAGUUCAGAACUAAUAUAGUUUGUAAAUGUGCAAUUAUUUAAGAGACUCCACAGCUUUUAGAG